AUGGCCUCGAUUCGGCCUGCGUCCCGUUGGACGCUAUUGUUGUCUUUGGUGGUCCUUAUCAGUUGCAUUGUUGUUCCCGGAUUGACUGUCAAACACGAAAAUUUCAAGACAUGUUCCCAAUCAGGAUUCUGUACCCGUAACAGAGCUCUUGCAGACGACGCCUCCGCCAAGGGCGCAUCUUGGACCUCGCCUUAUGAAGUCGAUCCAACGACUGUCAAGUUCGACAACGGCCAAUUGGUCGCGAAUUUGAUAAAAACAACGAAUAAUGGAGAGAAGGUCCAAUUACCGGUUACUGUUUCGUUUCUCGACUCGGGCGCCGCUCGCAUUGUUGUGAACGAAGAAAGACGUCUGAACGGAGAAAUCGAAAUCCGCCACGGAAGCAAAGCGAACAAGAAGCGCUAUGAUGAAACUGAAAAAUGGGUUAUUUCAGGUGGCUUGGAUGUGAGCAAGUCGGCUGCAAUCAACCCUGAAACUGAGACCGGAUUCACAAAAGUGCUUUACGGGCCCAACCACCAAUUCCAGGCCAUUAUUCGACAUGCACCAUUCGAGGUCGAAUUCCAAAGAGAUGGACAAACACACAUUCAACUCAACCAUCAAGGUCUUCUGAACGUGGAACACUGGCGCCCCAAGGCUGAAGAAGGUACAGGUGAAGACGAGGGCACCUGGUGGGAGGAAAGCUUCGGUGGAAACACUGAUAGCAAGCCCCGUGGCCCUGAGAGUGUCGGCCUCGAUAUCACAUUCCCAGGUUAUAAACACGUUUUUGGUAUUCCUGAGCACGCGGAUUCGCUUUCGCUGCGAGAAACUCGUGGCGGCGAGGGUAAUCAUAAUGAGCCGUACCGUUUGUACAACGCGGAUGUCUUCGAGUAUGAGCUUGAUAGCCCUAUGACUUUGUAUGGCUCCAUUCCGUUCAUGCAGGCCCACCGAAAGAACUCUAGCGUUGGAGUAUUCUGGCUCAACGCUGCAGAGACCUGGGUGGAUAUUGUCAAGAAGUCUGCUUCUUCGAACCCGCUCUCCUUGAGUGCCAACUCAAAAAUCAAUACCCAAACUCAUUGGUUCUCUGAAUCCGGUCAGCUGGACCUCUUCGUCUUCCUUGGACCCACUCCUCAAGACCUGAGCAAGACUUACGGCCAACUUACGGGGUUUACCCAGCUGCCCCAGCAUUUUGCCAUCGCUUAUCACCAGUGCCGCUGGAACUACGUCACUGAUGAGGAUGUGAAGGAUGUCGAUUCCAAAUUUGACAAGUACCAGAUUCCCUACGAUACAAUCUGGCUUGACUUGGAAUACACUGAUGAUCGCAAAUAUUUUACCUGGGAUCCGCUGACCUUCCCAAACCCUAAGGGAAUGCAGGAGAAGCUUGACGAGUCCGAGCGUAAGUUGGCUGUCCUUAUCGAUCCUCACAUCAAGAACAAGGAUGGAUUCUAUGUGUCUGAAGAGCUCAGGAGCAAAAACCUGGCUGUUCUCGACAAGGACGGCGAUAUGUAUGAUGGUUGGUGCUGGCCUGGCUCAUCAAAUUGGGUGGAUUGCUUUAAUCCCGCCGCAUUGCCAUGGUGGAAGAGCUUGCACACGUAUGACAGAUUCCAGGGCUCUAUGCACAACCUCUUCCUUUGGAAUGACAUGAGCGAACCUUCUGUUUUCAAUGGCCCAGAAACUACCAUGCCGAAGGAUAAUCUGCACUACGGCAACUGGGAGCAUCGCGAUGUGCACAAUAUCAACGGCCUCACCCUAUUGCACGCUAGCUACGAGGCACUCCUGGAGCGCAAAAAGGGUGAAAUCCGCCGGCCGUUCAUCCUGACCCGCUCCUACUAUGCCGGAGCUCAGCGUUUUGCUGCUACUUGGACUGGUGACAACCAAGCGACUUGGGAGCACUUGGGCAUUUCCAUUCCCAUGGUCUUGACUAACGGCAUUGCCGGUUACCCGUUCAUUGGCGCCGAUGUUGGUGGCUUCUUCCAUAACCCCGACAAGGAACUUCUGUCCAGAUGGUACCAGGCUGGUAUCUGGUAUCCCUUCUUCCGCGCCCAUGCUCACAUCGACACUCGUCGCCGUGAGCCUUAUCUCAUCAGCGAGCCCCAUCGCACGAUUAUCGCGCAAGCUAUUCGUCUAAGAUACCAGCUCCUCCCAGCUUGGUAUACCGCUUUCCACGAGUCCUCCAAAACCGGACUUCCGGUUGUGCGCCCUCAAUACUAUGCUUUCCCCGACGAUGAGCAAGGCUUCACGAUUGACGACCAGCUGUAUCUGGGUGACACAGGUCUCCUCGCUAAGCCUGUCGUGACCAAAGACACCUUCUCCACCGAGAUCUAUCUUGCCGAUGAUGAGAAGUACUAUGACUACUUCGAUUUCACCAUUUACCAGGGCGCUGGCAAGAGGCAUACUGUCCCAGCCCCUGAAGAUAAGGUGCCGCUUUUGGCUCGCGCCGGUCACAUUGUUCCUCGUCGAGACCGCCCUCGCCGUAGCAGUGCUCUGAUGCGAUGGGACCCCUACACUCUCCUCAUCACUCUCAACAAGAAUGGCGAGGCAGAUGGCUCUUUGUACUUUGAUGACGGCGAGACCUUUGACUAUGAGAAGGGAGCCUACAUCCAUCGCCGGUUCCAGUUCCGCGGUGGGGUCCUUACGUCGGAAGACCUUGGAGUCAAGGGACCCAAGACGGCCGAGUACCUAAAGACACUAGCCGAUGUUACCGUUGAACGAGUGAUCAUCGUGGACCCUCCCAAGGAAUGGAAGAAUAAGAAGACCGUGACGGUGAUCGAGGACGGAGCGAAGACUGGAUCUACAGUCGCGUUGGAUUACUUUGAGCAGCAGGACGGCAAGGCCGACUAUGCUGUUGUGAAGAAACCGAACGUGGGCAUUGGAAAGUCCUGGCGGAUAGAGUUCUAA